AUGGAAAGGAAAAACGUCCCUGUUUUUGGGGUUUUGGUGCCUCGUCCUCCCAGCAAACCUCCACAGCCCAAACCUCCAGCUCUCCGUCACAGACUGAUCCUCCCUUCAGUUAGAAAAUGCACCGUGAAUGAGCAGAGGGGCCUCUUCUCAGAGCCCAUCAGUACCCUUCAUUUUCAGGUAAGAAAAUGUGGUUGUUUUUAAGUGCUUUACAAAUAAAGUUGAGUUGAGUUGAAUCUUCUAAUUUAUAAAUAUUUCCCAUUAUAAAGCCUGCUCAAAUGACCUAACCCAUAUGCUUUUGAUAUAUUUUAUCUUCCUCUUUCCAUAACCAAGAGUUAUCAUUUGUUUAUUAGUCUCCCAUAGCUGGGGUCCUGGAGAGGAAAAAAGGUCAAUCCAGCGUGAAGUUCAGAGAUUGCAAAACAACCAAAUGUAAGAAACAGUAUGAAAUGCCACUUUACAGCAUAUUAAGCUACUUUUCAUAGCUUUCUGUAAGCCAUGUAUAUUCAGUCAUAACAGAUCACAGUUCGCAGUAAAAGGUUUUUUUUACCUCUAUGGGGCUGAAGACGUAUCCAAGGUCCGGCUACCUCACCAAACCAUUCCUGGGCAGAUCCCUCGCAAGCUGGAGAUAGAAAGGUGUGUAAUGUUUGUGUUAAACAUGUGUUAUUUAAAUAUUGAAGAGGGGACUGGAUCUCAUCCUGUUUUUGGCAUACUUUGACACCAGAUUAACAGGUGAUAUGUUAAUAAAUCAGAUUGUGAGUUUCAGUCAUAUCUUGGCAUAAUCCUUCGAAGAAUUUCAUUCUCAUUUAUUUGUUCGUAUAGAUGGCGAAGGGAAUAUUUAAAGUUGGACUUGGAAAAGCUUUUGGUGGAAAAAGGCAUAAACUCCAGCCACCUAAUAACCAAACAUAAGAGCAGCAAUGAGCCCGCAACUACACAAGGCAGUUCUGUGUCACAUUACCUCCCCCUAGAGGUGAGUCUGUCGCUACUGCAGUCUUUUCUAAGGCAAUUCAGUUCCUUACACCCAAUAAUUGGGGCACAGCAGCAUCCCCUGUCCAUCUUCCUUGCAUCUCUCACUUAGAUAUUUGACAAUGAGGAGUAUGACUGCCAAACUCCAGAAGACUGGCUCGCCUUGUGCAAUGCUGAAAGAUCGCCUGAUGGAAAAACUGUUCAUGGAAAAGCUCUACUUCCUGCACAGGGCAAGAUUCCUUCUGGUAAUGUGCCCUAUGAACAUUUUUUUAAAGCAGUGGCUGAAACUCUGUUCUUUGUUGUUUACCCUCUUUUGUCCCUUUUGAAGAGGACCAAGAAAUCUCCUCGCUGGAGUACAGCUGGCAUUCAGUUGUAGUUACUGACUUCAGCAAGGAGCAAUGUCAGUACCAUGUAAAGAAGGUUUACAAAAACACCAAGCCACCAGGUGGGGAAGGAAAUUUUAGUCUUUUUGCCUUUAAACACAGAUAGCAAUGCCAUGUUAUUUCAUCACCUCCACACUGUAGUUAUCACAAAAAAAACAAAAAAAAAAAACAUGCAUUUUUAUUUUCCAUGUUAUUCUGUUGCAUAGAAGUAGACACCGUAGAAGCAGACACUGGGUACUGGGUACCUAGGAUAAGAUUGUUAUUCAUUGCUGAGGAUCCUCGUGUCUUUGUUGAGCGAAUCCAAUAUGCCCUGCGUUGGAGGGAUAGCACAGAAGCUCUGAUUCUCUACCACUUGUCUGUGGACUGCAUGCCUAUCUGGAGUGGAUCACCAUCACUUGAUACUUACAGUCUAGAACGUGUUAAAGAGCGUACAGUUUCAGCUCCCGGGCUCAGGCUUGACACGUGAGUUUCGUUAACAUGAUUUUACUCCAAUUCAGGUUCUUGGUUUUUAUAUAUUUUGAAACUGUAAACUAACUACUUGGUUAAAUUUAUCAUAUAUUGUGUAUUCAGGAAGGGAAAGUGUCUGAAGGACCUGGAGAAGGAAGUCAAACUGGAAUAUGACCGAACAAUGAACAGUUUGAGCUUUGACAAAGUAGUUACGACACAACCAGAGGAUUUUCAACACAUCACCUUACCACAGAGGGAUGCUGAGAAUGCACCACAACAAGGUAAGACAGUUGGUCUUGUAUGCAUUUGUUUGAGUUUGCAUUAAAUAUACCUUAAUUCAUGACAUUCAUCCUCCGAAUCAUCAAACUGUUCUCUUUUUUUCCAUCUAUGUACAGGGUGUGUUCCAGUACCUUACUCUAACUUAAAAAGGAACCGAGCUGCUUUUUUCAAGAAUUUCCUGUUCAAAAAGUCAGAGUUGAUCGGUGUAUUAUCUGAAAUAGGGUUGGAGUGCAACAAAGUAACAACCAUGAAACUUUUCAAUGUCACCUUGGUCAAACCACUGCUGCUUGAUGAGUUUGAAAGCAUGCAGUUUCUAGUUCAUGACAAGGUAUUUCAAUUAAAUGUUCUUUUCUUCAGCCAAUAAUUUGCCAUGUCUGAAAAACAACUUUUUUACUUAAAAUGUGAUAAUGAUUACACAACAAGCAUAAGCCCCUGAACUUAACCUAUGGCCAUACAGAAAAAGGUGCUCAUCAGUCCAUUUGCAAAAUUGUGUUGCUCAUACUAGUUAUAUGAAAGACAAACCUUGUAGAUAAAAGAUACUAAGUAUCAAAACUCUUUCUUACUCUCUACAGAUAAACAAGUAUCUUACAGAGGCAUGGAUACUUGCUCUGAGCAAAGGUAUUCGUUCUCAGCUGGAGAACAUUGACUGGGGUUCGUACAAUGUUAAUGUGUCCUGCUGGAAGAUGUACGAGUUUUCCAGCCUGCCCAAACUGAUGUCUUUGGUGCGCUUCAAAAUGCAGGACUCCCUGCAUUUCCUUGUGCAGGAUUCACUUGUCAGCCUGACUCAGCUGUUUUUAGAUGCCUGCCACAGUGUGCUGACAUGUCCUCAGGAUCUGGUCUGGGAAAACAACCUAAUCACCAGUCCUUACAAGUAGGAUAGUACGCACUGAAACAAGGGCCUACAAUGACAUUUAUAUUAACAUCAAAACUAUCUUUGCAUAUGCAUCCAUCUUAUUCUGUGACUAUCUAUUUGACAUGUUAUGUAAUUGCAUAUUAUUCUCUAAAACAAGGCCAAAGAAGAACCCUCUUUUCCUGGUGGACUUGGUGCUAGAUCAGACUGGAAUCCAUUACAGCACCCCUCCGGAACAAUUUGAGACAUCCAUUAUCAAUUUGUUCGAUAAGGGUAUUUUGGCCACACAUAAUGUUCCACAGCUUGAUAAGGUAAACUAAAAUAUUGAAUCAUUUAGAAUUGUGAAUGCGGGGAUGUGAAAUUUAUUCACUGUAGACUCCUUGUCUUUGUUUGGCGAUAAUGAUAGAGAAUGAUGAUGCUGAGAAUUUGAUAUUUUCUCUCUCACCAAUUCCAGUUCGUGAUGAGGGAGUUAUUUUUCCCCAAUGAGCGGUUUGUUGACUCGGUUAGUUUGUGGGAAACUGAGGUAAAUGAACUGAGAGAGAAGCUCCGCAGUGCUCUGACACAAGCAGCCAUACCUCUCAAAGCUUAUGCUGCUAAGUAUGAGAAGUACUUGGAGCUAUGCAACUUGGACAUAGAAACUCACCUGAAGUAAGUCUGUUAUCUUACUUAAUUACUUGUGCACAUUCUCCCACAAGUGCAUGGACCUAGUCACUCUGACACAUGCAGUAUUUAGCUUGUUCCUGUCAUUGAAUUGAGUCAUUUGUGUCUUCUCUGGUAGGACUAAUAUGAAUGCAGAACUGACAUCUCAAAUGGUGAAAAAAGAAGUGGAACAACAUCUCAAAGACAGGGAAAUAAUUUUACACUCCCUGCCAUCCUCAAUUGUCAUUGGUCCAUUUAUUGUCCGUGUGGAGGCUGUUCGUCAGGCUCUGUCCAAUAAAAAGGAGGCUCUGGCCAAUGCAGCGCUGGCACAGCUUGUGCAGAAGUUGGGAAGGCGGAUUGAUGAUGUAAGUUAUUUGUUUAAAAAGACAGUUUUUCCUGCGAGGGUGUUAGGUAUUUAGCUUCUUCGGUACAUUGCACCCCUGUUAACUUCAGCACAGAAGUCAUCCCCUUGUGUCUGUCAACUUGAAUUGAGUGUUUAUUUUUUGUAUUUGCAGGCAUGUGAGGAGUGUAACACAAUCAGUAGAAGGCUGCGUGAGAGGCCCAACAGCAUUGAGGAAUUGACUGAAAAGAGAGACUGGAUGAAGCAAAUCCCUGACCAGCUCAAGAUUUACAAGGUGCACAUAAAAGACAUUAGCCAUUGAUUUCUAUUCUGUUCUAUAAAAGCAUCCUUUUACUGAAAAAUGUUCAAUUUUCAAUUCAACAGGAAGUCGUUGGAAAGAUCCUGACAGACUAUGAUCUAACUGACCAAUUUUUCUAUUGUCUUCCAAAAGACAAUUUUAACAAAAAGUAAGUGUUAUUUCAUAUGGUUGAUUCUAAAACAAAUCUGUUAAACACUUGUGUUAUAAUUGCAAAAGUAAGAAAGGGAAAGUUGGGAACUACCUUUGUUACUCUUCUUGCUAUUUAUCUGUGCAGAUGGACUGCUAUUGGAUGGCCACAAAGGAUAAUCAGUCAAAUGAAAGCAGUUGCUGCUCAAAAUGUUGAGGCAGAGGAACACUUCCAUAAAAUCCAGCUGGCCGACCAGAACAAUUUUGAGGAACAUCUAGAUUCUCUACAGGUGGGAAUUACUUUUUUUCCCUUCUGUCAUCAUCUAAGUAACCUUGUGCUUCAGGCAGACUAUGGACUGUUUUUACUCAAGGUUAGAAAUUUCUUUUUACUUUGUUUUAAUGUGAGUUGAUAAAAUUUGUUUGUUGAUAGAUGCUGAUUUCUGGGUUUGGGGCCCAUUCAGACAUCGACCAUGCCCAUGAGGUGGCCAAUGAGAUGAGACGUGCAGGCAAACAACUGAAGGAGUGUCAAACAUUGGCUCAAAGUUACAACACCCGAGAACGUUUGUUUGGCAUUCCUGUCACCAAUGUUAGUACAAAAAGAAAUCAACAACCAAAACCACGCCCAGAAAAUUAUGCAGUUGUAAAAAACUGGUACAUGAAAUUCUUUGUCACCUAAACUUUUGUAUUUCGUAAAUGUGCACAACAGUAUGAUCGCCUACAAAAGCUGAUAAAGGACUUUCAACCUUUCAAAGACCUCUGGACCACUACCUCUGAUUGGCUACGUUGUCAUGACUACUGGCUUAGUAGCCCUCUGUCCUCCAUUGACCCAGAGCAGCUUGAGCACAUGGUCACAGAAGCCCACAAAACCAUGCACAAAUGUGUCAAACAGUUCAAGGACCUUCCUGGUAUGCCAUGUAUCCAUCACAAUUUGAACGUGUAAUACAUAGUGUGCCAAUUUAUAUGUUUCAUGCUUUUUUCUUUUCUACCACCAAAUAGACUGCCAGUUGAUGGCGACAGUAGUCCGCACCAAAAUUGAGGACUUCCGCCCUUGCGUUCCUCUAAUUCAAGGCCUGAGGAACCCAGGGAUGAAAAACCGCCACUGGAAGAUGCUUUCAGAAAGAAUUCAAAUGAAGGUGGAGCCCAAGGCUGACCUGACUUUCUCCCGCUGCUUGGAGCUUGGCCUACAAAACUAUGUGGAUGACAUAGCCCAUGUUGCAGAGGUGGCUGGGAAAGAGUACACCAUUGAGCAGGUACCUUAGAGCAGAACUAUAAAUACAGUGUUUUCUGCAAUGUCAAGUUAUGCAUAAAGUAUUUCAAUGUAAACUGUUGCAUUUGGAUUGAGAUUAGACUUUCAUUACCAAGGGAGAGAUUAAGCAAACAUCAUGUCUUCACUCAAAUACAACUGAUUUCACAUCAAAUUGAGAAUAGUAACCGCUGCUGCUUUGUGUCAUACCCUGUCAUACAGGCUCUGGAGAAGAUGGAGCAAGAGUGGUCAAAUGUGCUCUUUGAAGUAGUGCCAUACAAGGACACGGGCACCUACAUCUUGAGAAGUCCUGAUGAAGCUUCUCAGUUGCUGGAUGACCACAUAGUCAUGACCCAGAGCAUGUCCUUUUCUCCCUUCAAGAAGGCCUUUGAAGGCCGCAUCAACAUCUGGGAGAGCAAGCUCAGACUGACUCGAGUAAAAAAACACUCUCUUGAAAUUUUCUGUCCUGUAUCAAAUGCAGUAUUUCAUGUUGUGCUACUGUCCUCUUCUGGUGCCUGCAGGAUGUGCUGGAGGAGUGGCUGACAUGUCAGCGCUCCUGGCUCUACUUAGAGCCCAUUUUCAGCUCUGAUGAUAUAAACCAGCAGCUACCUGCGGAAGGAAAACGAUACCAGCAAAUGGAACACACUUGGAGGCGUAUAAUGAAAAGUGCCUUUAAUAAUCCAAAGGUCAGAUUCUACACAAAAUCCCAUAUAUGAGGACAAAUGCUUUGUUUUUGUAAAAGGUUAUUUCAGAAUAAAAUUGUCAUCCUUGUGAUUUAUUUGCUAAAACUUCUGAUUGUGUGUGUUGUGGUUUAUAUCCAGGUGAUUGAACUGUGCCCAGAUGCUUACCUUCUAAGCAACCUGAAAAAAUGCAACACAAGUUUGGAACAAGUGCAAAAGGGCCUCAGUGAGUACUUGGAGAAAAAACGAAGCUCCUUCCCCAGGUAAACCUUACCUAAUUUUUUUUCCUGCAUACCCCAUUUCCAAGAGUUUUGCUUGAAUAGCCCAAUAAUAAUUGGCUCAAUAAACAUGCUUUGUUUUUAAAUAAAGGGGGAAAUUAUGAUACCAAGAAGAUAACACCCAAAUAGCAUUGUAGAGACAACUUGAAGCAAGACACGGAGUAAAUGUGACAUCAUUGAUUGUGUAGAUUGAGUGUAAUACUCUGUGAAAAUGUGUUUGUAGGUUUUACUUUCUGUCAGAUGAUGAGCUUCUUGAGAUUCUGUCGCAGACAAAAGAUCCCACUGCUGUGCAGCCACACUUACGCAAAUGCUUUGAGAACAUUGCAAGGGUUUGUUUUGCCUGGUUAUUUCGUCACCACCCCAUGUUUUCUCUCAUAUGUGACUAUAUAUAUAUCAUUUUUGUUGUCUGUGACUGGGAUAUGUAUUUGCUAUCAGCUUCAAUUUCAGUCAGAUCUCCAGAUCACUCACAUGUACUCGGGAGAGGGGGAGGAGGUGCAGCUUUUCCUGCCAGUGUGGCCUACUGGGAAUGUCGAGGACUGGCUCAGGGAAGUCGAGGAGUCUAUGAAGGCCACACUGAGAGAUAAUAUUGACCGCUCCCUCAAAGUGUACCCUGAGGUCAGUAACUCUCCUGCUGUAUUGCUUCUCUGUGCAACCUUAAGCUGAAGUAUUUUUAGUUAAUUCAGUGUUAACUGUCUUUGCCCCUCAGCAACCUCGGGCAGAAUGGGUGUUGUCAUGGCCUGGCCAAGUGGUCAUAGCAGGCUGUCAGGUCUUCUGGACAACAGAGGUGUCUGAGGCUUUGGAGCAGGGAGACCUGGCCAGUCGUCUUUAUCCCCAACUACAGACACAGGUGUGAAUGAGAGAGAGAGAUACGUUUCAUUUCACUGACAUGUACACCUAACAUCAUUCACACGACAGACCACACUACUGUAUGCUGGCAUUUUUAACGGUGUACAUUUUAUUUCUGCAGCUGUGUGACUUGGUGCAGCUUGUGAGAGGAGGUCUGUCUAAAAUGCAACGGGCUGUGCUCUCUGCUCUCAUUGUCAUUGAGGUACAUGCUAAGGAUGUUACAGCCAAACUGGUUGAACAAGAGGUCUCAAGCGUCAAUGACUUUGAGUGGAUCAGCCAACUCAGGUUAUCUUUUGUUUUUUGGCCUGUGCUUUUUUGGCCUUCCAGUUAUUUACCACACCUAUUGCACCUUUCUGAAGAAAGAGUUUGACUUUGUUUUGUUUGUAGAUAUUAUUGGGCAAAAGGUGACCUGUACAUUCGUGCAGUAAAUGCAGAGUUUUUGUAUGGGUACGAGUACCUUGGUAACUCAGGACGUCUGGUCAUUACCCCACUCACUGACAGGUAGUUAGCAAGUCUAAUGUUUUUCAGCCAGUUUUACUUUAUUGUCAAAUAGGAUUUUAAAAUAAAGCAUUUUCUGCUUCUUUCAGAUGCUACCUGACCCUAACAGGAGCUCUGCAUUUAAAGUUCGGAGGGGCUCCUGCAGGCCCAGCAGGUACAGGAAAAACAGAAACCACUAAAGACCUGGGGAAGGCUCUGGCUAUUCAGACAGUUGUUUUCAACUGCUCUGAUCAGCUGGACUUUAUUGCAAUGGGAAAGUUUCUCAAAGGACUGGCCAGGUGAGAGGCAGGUUAUAAAAUGUAAUAGUAUUUCAGUUUUACUUCAGUCGUAUUUAUGCCAUUUUGUCUUUCUAUUACUCUGCAGCUCGGGGGCCUGGGCAUGCUUUGAUGAGUUCAACCGUAUUGAUGUAGAAGUAUUGUCUGUGGUCGCUCAGCAGAUCACCACUAUACAAAAAGCUCAGCAACAAAGGGUGAGAAGCUAAGAAUUCAUACACUGUUACUAAUUACUCUGAUUAAUGAAGAACUUCAGUUAUAUAAGCACUCUGUAUGGUAACUGACAGUAUCCCUAAGUAUUCCUAAGAUAGCAUUCCUACAUUUAAAGUGAAGCUGACCUUGUGUAGUAUUUCUGAGUUGAAUAAUAUUAAGUUCACAAAGACACAGAAGGACUUAGAAGCAUUGCUAUAUAAUGUUAUUUAAAAACCAGUACUGAUACGAAAGAAUUAUAGUGUAUCACAUAUCCCAUAUUUUCACAAAAUAUAGCUAUAAAUUUUGAUUUUAACUUUUGAAUUAAUAAUUUUCUGUUAUAAAUAAAAAAUAAAUGUACUUGGUUUUUUUCUAAGUGAUUUUUUGAUGAUGCUUUCCAUUCAUAAAGAAUGAGUCCAAUCCAUUUAGUGAUGUAUCUGUUUGCUGUAUUAUUGUAGGCAGAGCGCUUUGUGUUCGAAGGGUCAGAAAUCCCUCUUGUCCCUUCUUGUGCUGUAUUCAUCACUAUGAAUCCAGGAUAUGCUGGACGCACUGAACUCCCUGACAAUCUCAAGGUUUGAAACUGUCAACUGAAACUGAAUUUACAGGCACAUCCCAUGUAUAUGUAUAUCAGACGUGUAUGUGAUGUAUCCCUGAGGGAAAGCAGAUGGAUUUAAACUUUUUGAGUUUACAUCCACAGGCCCUGUUUCGUCCUGUGGCUAUGAUGGUUCCUAACUACGCCAUGAUAGCUGAGAUCUCCUUGUACUCAUUUGGCUUUAGUGAUGCCAAAGUCCUCUCCAAGAAGAUCACCACCACAUUCAAGCUCUCAUCUGAACAGCUUAGCUCUCAGGUACUUUAUGGAUUCAGAGGAGGUCACAAAAACCCAUUUCUAUCUGUCCAUCAAAAAAAUUGUGCUGUGUCCGAAGAAGUUGGAUAAUGUAACGAUGUGUUUGUGGGUAAGAAAAACAAAUGUAAAGAUGACACAUUUUGGCUCUUGUUUACAUGAAGGAUCAUUAUGAUUUUGGUAUGAGAGCUGUGAAAACUGUGAUCUCAGCUGCUGGCAAUCUCAAAAGGGAAAAUCCUGACAUGAAUGAGGUAAGAAACAUGAAAAUAUCACGUUGGUAAAUAAAGAUAAUGGACGAAUUUCGAGGGGCUCUAACUAUCCAAUCCCCUUCUUUUUUCAAAAUUGUGUUGUGCCCCAGGAGUUGAUCUGUCUACGGGCAAUUCAAGAUGUCAACGUGCCAAAGUUUCUACAGGACGACUUGAAGCUCUUUAGUGGUAUUGUGUCAGAUCUUUUCCCCAAGACUAAGCAGGAGCCAAUCAACUAUGGUAUCCUGGAAGAGUCCAUGCGUAAUGUCUGCAGAAACAAGAACCUUAAAGAUGUGGAUGGUAAGUGUUUGUGGAUGAUCAGGAAAUGAGUUUUGAUGACCAGAUUCAUGUUUUAUUGUAUGAGUAAACGACAGUAUCAUGCUUAUUUCAGGUUAUAUCAGUAAGUGUAUCCAGCUGUAUGAGACCACUGUAGUACGACAUGGUCUGAUGUUGGUUGGGCCCUCUGGAUCAGGUAAAACAAAGGUGAGUUUUACUCAUCACAGUAUUGUUUACGGUUGACUCACAGUUAUACCAUGUUUUUUUUCAUUGCAUUGUCCUUUAUAUUAUUGAAACAAAUACGUUUGUCAGUGCUAUGAGAUUCUAGGUUCUGCAAUAACAGCUCUGAAAGGCCAGCCCUCUGUAAGUGGAGGUGUGUAUGAAGCAGUUCAGAUGUUUGUCCUCAACCCGAAAUCCAUCACCAUGGGACAGCUCUACGGAGAGUAUGACUUACUCACACAUGAGUGGUAAGAACUACGGAUGGUAAACUCCUGACCAAACACAAAAACUCAAACUGACUGAUGAACAGAAACGUUUCCUUUUUUUCCCUCACAUCUUUAGGACAGAUGGUAUCCUCUCAUCUCUUAUCCGAAGAGGUGCAGCAUGUAUGGACAAAGAGAAGAAGUGGUACAUGUUUGACGGGCCAGUGGAUGCUGUGUGGAUUGAGAACAUGAACACUGUGCUGGAUGACAACAAAAAGCUUUGUCUCAGCUCAGGAGAAAUUAUGAAGCUCACAGAUGUAGGAUUAAGUUUUCACAGUCUUAGUGAAUCUUUAGGCUGUUUCCAUCCAUGUGUACUUAACGCUAUCAUUCUGCAGGUGAUGACCAUGAUGUUUGAAGUGCAAGACUUAGCAGUGGCAUCUCCAGCCACAGUGUCUCGUUGUGGUAUGGUCUACCUGGAACCCAGUAUUUUGGGCCUCGUCCCUUUCACAGAGUGCUGGCUGAACCAGGUCCCUGAAGCCCUAAAACCAUAUACAGAGCAGCUAAACUCCCUGUUUGCCAGGUUCUUGCAGGUCAGGAGGGAGACAAGCGGGAAGUCUCAAUGCUUUUUAUCCUUAACUUCAGAGAUAACAACAGUAAAAAUGUAUCGCUUUUUUCUGUUUUUACCCAGGACUCCAUCAGAUUUGUCCGCACAUCAGUAAAAGAGGUUGUCACAUCCCUGGACAGCAACCUCACCUGUAGUCUCCUUAAACUUAUGGACUGCUUCUUCAGUCCAUUCACUGCUAAAGAAGUAAGUGAAGCAUAUCACAGUACAUACUGUACAUUUCUAUGCUUAUUUGCUGCUAUAAAUACCAUGACUACACGUUAAACUUUAAGCUUUCUUAAGUAGAUUAUCAGUACUCAUGGGAAGUUACUGAAGCAUUUUAACAAAUUAGGGAUUAAGGUUUUUACUCAUGCUUACAUUAUUAUAAUCGGUAUGGAAUCUGUUGAACCAAUGCAGAGGAUGCCCUGCUUAAUAAAAAGGCCAAGUUUUUGUUGCAUCUAUUCCCAUAAACUGUUUACUGGAACUGAAAAAGCCAACCAAGUUUGGAAUAAUGUACAGACAGAUUCAGGCGGUACAGUCCUAUACAUUUGUUUUCUGUUGCUUGUGACCAUCUCCUUGAUCGUCUUGCAGGGACAAAAGCCACCUCCCAAAAAGAAAGUGGAACGUCUGAAGGAAUUGAUAGAGCCCUGGUUCUUCUUUUCUCUGGUGUGGAGUGUCGGAGCCUCAGGAGACGCAGCCAGCUUUAAGCGCUUCAGUGCUUGGCUCAAGAAAAAAAUGGCUGAAGAAAAGGUCUCUACUCACAACGUUAUUAUUUUCAAUUACAUCUGGAUGGCUGGAAGUAGAGUUUAUUGUGACAGAGGCAUAUAUCUUUCAUUGCACUAAUGCAUUUGUCAAUCAGGUUCAGUUGUGUUUUCCUGAGGAGGACUCGGUGUAUGACUACAGGCUUGAUGAUGCAGGAAUAAGCCAUUUUGAGGACGAUGAUGAAGAUGAGGAACGAAAAGUAGGUGGAUGGAUCAUACAGAUUUUGGUACCUCCAAGAUUAUUUGUUAAAAUGUUUCUUUUGUUUUUUCUUGUACUGUAGGUCCAGUGGGUAAACUGGAUGAAAUCCUCAAAGAGUGUUGUUAUCACACCACAGACAAAUUAUGCCGACAUCAUUAUUCCCACCCCUGACACUGUGAGAAUGUCUUUCCUCAUGGAUAUGCUUUUGACUAAUAAGAAACCUGUGAGUAUUUGGAUUAUAGUUGCACUUUACACAUCUAUCCAAGGCAAAGUGUGGAGGAUGCUAAAACCUGUAAUUAGAGGCACUAAAUUAGGAGUAUUUAUAGAUAUUUACAUAAAAAUGCACCAUUUGAGCCAGGCUUAUUGCUUGAACUAACUAACAGGUGCACAGAAGCUAAAACAUUUAGCUUGCCUUUUAAACUACUUACUAGACUUACUAUAACCUGGAUAAGCGAGAACCUUAAAAAAAACCAUUAAACUACAUUUAUAUGCAUACAUGUGUGUGGUCCAGGUGCUCUGCAUUGGGCCCACUGGCACAGGAAAGACCCUGACUAUGUCUGACAAGCUGUUGAAGAACAUGCCUGCUGAGUACAUCACACACUUCCUCAUGUUUUCUGCCUGCACCUCAGCCAACCAGACUCAGGAUUAUAUUGACAGUAAGCUGGAUAAAAGGUUAGUCGUUCUUAUUGGAAAUUACCUAUUAACUGUAUAUUAUCUGCUAUACAAUUCUAUAUGUGCAACUAACCAUUUUGUGCCUUUGUGUCAGGCGGAAAGGUGUGUUUGGACCCCCUCCAGGGAAGCACUUCAUUUUCUUCAUUGAUGACCUGAACAUGCCAAUGUUAGAGACCUAUGGUGCUCAGCCGCCUAUUGAGCUGUUGAGGCAGUGGAUGGACCACAGAGGCUGGUAUGACAGGAAAAAGAUAGGUGAGAAUACUAGACACCUUUUCCUUUCCCCAACUCUUACCUUUUAUCUUUUCCAUCUGCAAAUCUUCAAAACUGACUCGUAAGAGUCUUGAGUGCAAUUUUGACAGAGUAGAUAUUAAUUAUUACAGUUACAAAUACCUACAUAACUUGCAUUACCUACCUACAUUUACCUGUACCUGUAUUUUUCUCUGGUAUAAUAGCUCAAAUAAUGUGCAAUAAUAACAUGUCCAAUUAUUUUUUGUUCACUGUGUAGAACCAUUUUUACUUUUGUUGUUGUUGUUUAUUUUUCUUUCUCUUUCUUUUGUAUAAAGUAUUUUCCGUAUAGGUCUAAGUUACCUUUUAAAAGGAUGUCAUCUUAUCUUAUUGUAUCUCAUCUUAUUAUAUCCUAUCCUGUCAUAUCUCAUCUCAUCUCAUCUCACCUCACCUCACCUCGCAUCACCUCAUCUCAUCUCAUCUCAUCUCAUCUUAUCUUAUCUUAUCUUAUCUUAUCUUAUCAUUGUAAAUGAAGCUAUUUUGUUGUUUGUUUCUUGCUUCCCCACAGGGACUUUCAAGAACAUUGUUGACAUCAAUUUCUCCUGUGCGAUGGGACUUCCAGGGGGAGGCAGGAACCCCAUUACACAGCGAUUUACACGUCAUUUCAGCCUCCUGUCCUUCACUGAAAUGGAGGACGCCAGCAAGAAAAGGAUUUUUUCAACCAUUUUGGGCAGUUGGAUGGGUCAGUUGUGGCUGCUUUUCCGUUUCGAUUGACAUAUCAGACAGGUGUUUCGGGGUAGAGAAUACUUAUUGUACAUUAGUGAAAAGAAGCAACACUUUUAACAGAAUCUUUGUUCUUUUUCAGAUGGAAAUAUAAGUAAAAAGGAGCCAGGUACUAAGUUAGGGACAUAGAGAUGAUAAGAUGACAGAUUGUGAUGUGUCAAAAAUAUCAUUCAGUUCAAAGCAUUAGCCAGUACAAGUGGUUUGGUAAAGAAAAAUACUAAACACAUGAAGAUACAAUAAUUGUCAGUGAAAGUCUUUUUAUCCACUGAGAAAAUGUCCCUCCUGUAAAGGUGUUCACUUCUCUCUUACGUACUUUUAUUUUCACCAGGACCUGUGCCAGCAAUCCAACCACUGAACGAGCCUCUUGUAGAUGCUACAAUCAGAGUCUACUCCAUGAUUACAUCUCAGCUUCUCCCAACUCCAGCCAAAUCCCAUUACACGUUUAACCUCAGGGACCUUUCAAAAGUCUUCCAGGGCAUCCUGAUGGCUGAGGCUGGAAUGAUAGAGGUAGUGAGAUCCAAAAGAAUCAAGUGUAACUAUUACAUAUCUGUUACGUAAUACAGUAUAUAUUGUCAAAAUAUUCUUUCUGGUUUAGCUACCUUAACCAUAAGGUACUUAAAUCUAUGCUAAAUCUGGGUUUAAACAAUUGAAUCAAUUUCAUGAUAUUCAGAAGCAAUAACCCCAGAAAAAUCAUGUCUGAAGGAAUGAUGAAGGAUUCAAGUUUUUUCAAAGGUACAAUGUCAAAGUAACAUCACUUUGGUGUUUUCAGGACAAACAGCAGCUAUUGCAGCUGUGGUACCAUGAAAGUUGCAGGGUGUUCCAGGACCGCCUGGUGUGUGCUGAGGACAGGCUCUGGUUCAACAGACUCCUUCAGGACUGCAUUCAGGAGUUUGACUGCAGCUUUGAUGAGGUUGUGUCCCGCCAACCUGUUUUGUAUGGAGAUUUCAUGACUCCUGAAGCUGAUCAAAAAGUCUACACUCUCAUAGAUGACAGGGAAAAGGUGAGUGGUGCCAACAGUAAAAAAAAACAACAACAACAUUUUUUAAAAAUAAUUUCUUGCACUUUUGCUUCACAAACUGCUGGUUCAAGGUUUGUUUAUCUGUGUGAAUGUGACGCUUUUUCUUCUAUAAUCCAAUAAUGCCCCAUGAUGAUUGAUCCAGUUGGUAAAAGUGAUGGAGAACUACAUGGAAGACUACAACCAGACCAGUAAGACCAAGAUGAAGCUGGUGCUCUUCAUGGAUGCCAUUGAACACGUGUGUCGUAUCUGUCGCAUUCUGCGCCAGCCCCUGGGCAAUGCUCUGCUGCUCGGAGUGGGUGGGAGCGGGCGCCAAUCUCUCACAAAGCUGGCCUCAUACAUGUGAGAUCCCCACAGUUUGUAUGAUUGAACACAACUUGUUUUGAGAUGUUUUUGUUGGUGCAAAGAUGAAAUGAUUUGAUGAUGAUUUAGAUGAAACAGUUUUUUUCACUUUCUAGACAUUAAAAAGGAAAAAAAGAUGAGUGAGACUAACUGCUGGGUCAUUUCCAUCUCUCAUUUGUUGAAUUUUUUUGAGUCAAAAUCAGUCAAAAGUGAAUGCGUCUUGUGAAAAUAUUAAAUAUACAUAAGUGUGCUGUUGCAGGAGCAUUACUAUGACCCUUCAAACAUCUUGUUGCCUCAGCUUUAUAGCUCCAUUCUCCAUAUUUCAGGUCAGAUUAUGAGUGUUUCCAGAUUGAGCUGGCCAAGAACUACGGUCAGACAGAGUGGAGAGAAGAUAUUAAAAGCAUCAUGCUGAAGGCUGGACUCAAGAACCAGCAGAUCACAUUUCUCUUUGUCGACACACAGGUGAAUAGUACAACUGUCUUACUGUCAUGCUGUAACAGGCCUGUACUUGGACAAACAUGUGAGUAAGAGCAUAAACCGAAACAGAAAGUAGAUCCCCAUACCCUGAAGUAUGUCAUUCAUUUAGUAGGUCUUGUUCCAUUCCAUUCAUUUUAGUCGGUCUUGUUCCAUUCCCUCCAGAACUUGGGGCUCUGUAUCAUAACUGCAUUCAUUUCCCAGAUUAAGAGUGAGUCAUUCCUGGAGGAUAUCAACAAUAUCUUAAACUCUGGAGAUGUUCCCAACCUGUAUGCCACAGAUGAGCAGGAACGCAUUUUAACAGCCAUGAAGCCGGUGGUGCGAGACCUGGGCCAGCAGCCAACUAAAGCAAACCUUAUGGCAGCCUACAUCAGGAGGGUCCGCAGCAAUAUCCACACUGUUCUCUGCAUGAGGUUAGUUCAAAUCAAACAUUUGUUAAGAUUUUCAAAGUUUAAGUAGAAGUUUGUCCACCAUUGUGUUAUCUUUCAUCUCUGUUGUUUCCAUUUCCACUUCCACACCUCCCCUCUUUAUUUCUUGUACCACAGCCCUAUUGGUGAGGUGUUUCGUGCACGACUAAGGCAGUUUCCCUCACUGGUGACUUGCUGUACAAUAGACUGGUUCAGUGCCUGGCCAGAGGAGGCUCUGCAUGCUGUUGCAACCUUAUAUCUCAAUGAGCUGCCUGAGCUUGAAGCAAGCCCCACAGCGAUGAGAGGACUGGUGAGGAUGCUGUGUGUGUGUGUGUUUGUGUGUGGAUGCAAGCGAACUGUAUGGCAUGGAGGUUUUGAAAGCAGGAAGGUAUUCUUCAACAAAAAUAUUUUCACCUCUUGUUUUAACGAAUGCUGCUCUUACAGUUAUUAAAAAAGCAAAAAAAAAAAACACUUUUUUCAACAAACAUUGUCUUUUCCAAAUGAUCCCCUUCUACAGACAUCGAUGUGUGUUAAGAUCCACCAGACAGUAGCCAGAAACUGUGAACAGUACCUGGCUGAGCUUUCGCGGCACAAUUAUGUCACACCUAAGAGCUACUUGGAACUGUUAAAAAUCUUCUCAAAUCUGAUUGGACGAAAGAAGCAAGAAUUGUGUGGUGGUCGUCAGCGAAUGAAGACCGGCCUCGACAAGGCAAGGCACCUGCAUGGAAAAAAAAUGAUCUGAUAUAUUUAAUCAUAAAGAUUCAAUAUGAAUUUUGUUGAAAUGACGAGUACCUUGCUACUCUGUCCUAUAGCUUCUUAGCACAGCUGAAGAUGUGAGUAACAUGCAGGAGGAGCUGGAGACAAUGAGACCUCUUUUGGAAGAGGCUGCUAAGGACACCGAAGUCACAAUGGAAACCAUUAAAGUACGCACAAUUAAAGACGUUUGGCUUUAGUUAUCAGUGAUAGUGGAACAAACUCUGGGGUGUCAUUGUAAACUGUUUCUCUCAUGUAUUCAUAUAAGACCAACAUACAUAAUAUGUGGAAUCUUAGUUCUGGUUUCUUCUGCAUGCUGCCAGACAGACACUGUGGUCGCUGAAGAGACUCGGAAGUCAGUACAAGCUGAGGAAGCCAAAGCUUCAGAGAAAGCCCGUUAUGCAGGAGACAUUGCAGCAGAUGCUCAGGAAAAAUUAGACGAGGCUCUGCCAGCUCUGGAUGCAGCUCUCACUAGUCUCAAGUCACUCAACAAGGGCGAUGUCACUGAGGUUUGGGAUUUGGUUACUGAUUGGUUCAUUAUUUAUUGAACAGCAUUUUGUUUGAUGACAUGAAGAAUGUGUAUAUAAUGUUUUGUUUGUUUGUUUUUUGUAAUAGGUACGAGCGAUGCAGAGACCUCCUCAGGGGGUGAAGCUGGUUAUUGAGGCAGUGUGCAUUAUGAAAGGCAUUAAACCCAAGAAGGUUCCUGGAGAGAAGCCUGGCACCAAGAUUGAUGACUACUGGGAUGCUGGUAAGAGUCUGCUACAAGACCCUGGCAAAUUUCUGGAGAGCCUCUUCAAGUAUGAUAAGGUAAAGCCCAUAUCUGAUUGAGUUACUGCCAGAUCUUUUUUUUUCUUUAUUGAAAAUUUAUUUAUGGGGAAUUAUGUUGUUGUCUUUUAGGAACAAAACUUUUAUCUCUUUUAAAGCUGAUUUUAAGCUCCUACAUCGAGCAGUGAUGCAAAUGUGAUCGUUUUGUCUUUUAAAACUGUAAGCUGUUUUAAAAGUAGUCUUUCCCUCUGCCACAUCGAAAUUCUGCAGGAAAACAUCCCUGAUAGUGUGAUCAACUUAGUCCAGCCCUAUAUCGAUAAUGAGGAAUUUCAGCCAGCCUCCAUUGCUAAGGUUUCGAAAGCCUGUACCUCCAUUUGCCAGUGGGUGCGAGCCAUGCAUGUAUAUCACUUUGUUGCCAAGGAUGUGGAACCUAAAAGGGUAAAAUACUAAAUUCAACGUUGAUAAAUGUCUCCUUGACCCUUUUACUGAACUUGUUUAAAUAAGAGUCAGCUUGCUUUUAAAAAUGCAAAUACUUUCACAGCAAGCUCUCAAAGGGGCCCAGGAGGAUUUAGCAGCUACCCAGCUCAUCCUGGAUGAUGCCAUGAAAAAGCUGGCAGCUGUGGAAGGUGGCAUUGCCACUUUGCAGGCCAAGUAUCAGGACUGUCUGGCUAAGAAAGAGGAGCUGGACAAGAAGUUUCAAUUGUGUGAGGCCCGCCUUGUCCGAGCAGAUAAGGUAAGACAGAAUUAUAAAUACCAAUGGGAGAAAUUAAGUGAUAAAGUUGUGGAGGAUGACAGAGAAAUAGGAUAUUUUACAGCGAUCACAAUAUGACUGUAAUAUUAACAAUGUCUAAUGUCUACAAAGUGGCAUGUGGCAGACUUGAAAAAUAUGUGACUGGUUCAGUGAUUGUUACACAGUACAGUGGUCAUAAAAUAGGUGGCUGGAACAUACAGAAUUUUUCUUACUUUCAUUCAUUUGCUACAUAUUUUUGCAGCUUAUUAGCGGUCUCGCAGAUGAGAAGGUGCGUUGGAAGGAAACAGUGCAACAUCUGGAUUAUAUGGUCAAUAAUAUAACAGGUGAUGUGCUUCUAUCUGCGGGAUAUAUUGCAUACCUGGGACCUUUUACAGUAAGUUGGUUUUACCUCACUGAGCGUGAAUGAAGUCAUUACACUCCCUCUUAUCUGUUGUGUCAACCCAAUAACAAUUUACUGCUCCAGGAUUCAAUGUUGCUUAGUGUUUUACUGGUGGAGAUUAAGUAUUAUUGUUUUGUAAAGUCAAAUAUAUUCUUUUGUGGUUUAAGAAACAUUAGUAUAACAAGAGUAAUAUUUGGUAGUAAAGUUUUGUGUGUCUGUGUAUGUGUUUAGGGAGAGUACAGGUCAGCCAUGGCAGCGGAAUGGCUGCAUUGUUUCAAAGAGCUCAGUGUCCCACAUACCGAGGACCCCAACCUGAUCAACACCCUGGGAGACCCAGUAAAGAUCCGCUCCUGGCAGGUCAGAAACAACGAGUCAUCAGCUGACUUACAGUGUAGUAUAGAUGUAAACCACACAGAAGAAUAAUCAGAAUGGACAGAACAUCAGCCUCUUUAGAAUAAUGCGAUUUUAAGACUGAAAAAGUCAUUUUCCUUUUCUGCUAUCACACUUUCUAACUGCAUUCUGUUCCGCCUGUGUGCGUAGAUAUCAGGCUUGCCCAAAGAUAACCUUUCAGUGGAGAAUGGAGUGAUUGCCCAGUACUCUCUGCGCUGGGCUCUCUUCAUUGAUCCUCAGGGACAAGCCAACACAUGGAUAAAAAGCAUGGUGAGGAUACUUUCCUGUGUGCUGAUCAGACCUCGACUGCAGGGGGUGCCAGUGAGAAAUAAAUGUAUGAAAGUAGCCUCACCAAGGUUAUAAUAUAUUCCUUUGCAUCACAUUUAAACUUUGUUUCAAAGUAUUGACAGUUUGAAACACAGCAUCAGGUGCAUAUGUUAAACAUUUUAAACAAGGUUCAGAACACUUCCAGGUUCCUGUUUUAGCUGUUUCUUGUUAUUUCUUAUCUAUAUGAUCAACAACUUUUCUCUGAAGCCUCUUGGUAGUUUGUCUGAAUCACUCCACAUUCAUUCUUGCUUCAUGCCAUCAUAAAGGAGCGAGCCAAUGGAUUGGAGGCUAUAAAGCUUAGUGACCACGACUUCCUCCGCAGUCUGGAGUAUGCCAUUCAGUUUGGUAAACCCUGCCUCCUGGAGAAUGUAGGAGAGGAGUUAGAUCCUUCCCUGGAGCCUGUUUUGUUGCAACAGGUAACUGCACAGUGCACACACUUACUUCAUAUUAGAUGUAGUUCAUGAGUAGAAAGUUAACUUUUUGCAAAAUAUACUCUUUACUGAUCUUUUACUCUCAAUUUUGACAUUUAGACAUUCAAGCAGCAAGGCACUACGAAGCUAAGGCUGGGUGACUCUGACAUCACUUACCAUGAGGACUUCAAGAUGUACAUCACCACCAAGCUACCUAACCCACACUACUCUCCAGAGGUCUCCACCAAUGUUACUCUGAUAAAUUUCACCCUGUCUCCCAGGUAACUCAUUUUCACACCAAAGCUAAGUGAUCUCUCAAAUAGCACCAAACGUAUUGAGGUUGUUUUUUGGGCUUGCAUAUGCCAUUGUUGAGAGGAAGAAACAGUGGAUAGAUUUGGAUUUUUUAUCAUCAGUUCUGCUCAUUUUGAAAAGUCAAGCUCUCUCACUGCUGAGUGCAAAUCCAUUAAUUCCUGAUAAAUUAUAUACCAGUAUAUUUAGCAUUUUCAUCCUAAAACAAAUUAAGAUGUAGUGUUAAAGGUAAGAUUUAGGACAUGAAAAGGGGCUUAAAUUCUGAAAACAGUGUGAACUAUUCAUUUUAUCCGAACAACUUAUUCAGAGUUUUCGGCUUAACUUUGUGUAAAUUGUGCACUUUGUAUGCUUACAGUGGUUUAGAGGACCAGUUAUUGGGCCAAGUUGUAGCUGAGGAAUGCCCGGACCUGGAGAAGGCUAAAAACCAGCUCAUCAUCAGCAAUGCCAAGAUGAAAGAUGAGCUAAAAGGAAUUGAAGACGAGAUCCUGUUCCGUCUCAGCUCCACAGAAGGAAACCCUGUGGACAAUGAGGAGCUCAUCCAAGUGUUGGAGGCUUCUAAGAUUAAAGCGGCAGAGAUCAAGGUCAGCUGUAAUAUUUUCACCUAGGACUCCCCCUCUCAAUGAAAAAAAUGUCAUUGAAGUUAUAAUCCGUGGUUAUAUUUUCCUCCAACAUGAUUGUGUUGUCAGGCUAAAGUGAAGGCAGCAGAGCAGACAGAGCAGGACAUUGAUGCCACCCGCCUGGAGUAUGUGCCUGUGGCUGUGCGCACACGGAUUCUCUUCUUCUGUGUAUCAGACUUAUCCAAUGUUGACCCUAUGUACCAGUAUUCACUGGAAUGGUUCCUUGGCAUCUUCAUGGCUGGCAUUGCAAACUCUGAAAGAGCAGGUAGAGUGACACACCAGAGUGCAUUUUAAUUAGUUAAGUUAUGAAUCAUAUUUUUAAAAAAAGCAAAAAAUAAAAUAAAAAUAAAUCAAAAUGGUUUAUAAAAUUAGAAUCAGGUGUCUUGUCCUUCCUGAUACCAGUGUUGUCUUACAAUGUGUCCUACAGAUACAGUGGAGCAAAGAAUCAAAAACAUCAAUGAGUUUUUCACCUUCAGCCUGUACAGCAAUGUGUGCCGCAGCUUGUUUGAGAAGCACAAGCUCAUGUUUGCCUUCCUCCUGUGCGCUCGCAUCAUGAUGAAUGAUAACAAAAUUAAUAUGGUGAGGCUGUAUCUUGCUCUUCUCUACAAUUUCCUGUAGCUCUUACAGUACAGAGAUCAGAGCAAUAUAAGUACUUUUGAUGAAUCUGUGACAUGUCUCUGUGGCAGGCUGAAUGGCGCUACCUGCUAUCUGGAGGGAUACCCGCCCAAGAACUGACUAACCCUGCAGUGAGUUGGCUGUCAGAUCGAGCCUGGCAGGACAUCCUUGGCCUCAGCGCUCUGGACAACUUCAGCAACCUGGCAGAGAGCUUCAGGGAACAUCUUCAGGAUUUUAAGAGGAUUUUUGAUAGCAACCACCCUCACAGGUGGGCAUGAAAAAUUCUACUGUGAAAUUACACUUACUUGUGAAUUUUACUUUAACAAACAGCAUAUCUAAUAUCUUCCAUGGCGUGUGCAUGAAUAUUCAUUUUUACACAGGGAGCCCCUACCAGGAGAGUGGGACAUAGAGCUGGAUUCAUUCCAGAGGCUGUUAGUCCUGCGCUGUCUGAGAGCGGACUGUCUCAUUCAAGGCUUACAAGACUUUGUAUCAGCUCAACUGGGGCAGCGCUUCAUAGAACCUCAGGUAGAGUCCCUGUCCCCACUUCUACCUUUCUGUUACAGAAUAUCAAAGCCAGUUAACAUUUAAGUUGAAACAGAAAUCGAUUUCAUACAGUAUGUGUGGUAGUUAACACAUGUUAUGUCAAACAUACUUGAUGUUGAAUAAUACUUUCAAAACAUUUGCUAACCCUCUGGCUUCUUUCUCAAUCUUUUCUUUGACUCUUUCCUACAGACGUCAGACCUGUCUGCGGUCUUCAAGGAGUCCUCCUCCCACACUCCCCUCAUCUUUGUGUUGUCCCCUGGCACUGACCCUGCAGCCGACCUCUACAAGUUUGCUGACGUCAUGCAGUUCUCAACAAAAAUGAGUGCCAUCUCACUAGGCCAGGGCCAGGUCAGGACCUGAGGGACGCCCUGAAAGCCUUCCUCUUUCUCUGACACUCUUGUCUUAUGAUACCCUGAAGGAAAUCACUUUCUCACAUAACCAGGCCAUUCAAAUUUGUCUCCUUAAGAAUGACCAUCUUGGUGUUAAUUGCUUUCCCUAUUUCUGACAGUAGACUUAGAGAAGGUGAUAUACGUCGUUGACAGGUGAAUGAUUUCAGGACAGAAUUGAUGAGAUACUAGAAAAGCCCCCUUACAUCAAGCGUAGUUUGUGUUAUAACUGCAGGCUCAUAAGUCUGAGGUUUGUGGGUUUAGGUUUUUUUUGUUAGAGUACUUUCAAUGAUGGGGGUUUGAAUAGCUGUUUUGUGCUGUGUGGUUGCAUCACCCAGUGUUCUCAAUUUCCUUCUACACUGAAUUUAACGCUUUUAAACCUCCAAACAUAUUUCAUAGUAGAUCACACUGAUUCAAGAAAGAUGUGCUGUGUCAGUGCUGCUGAUUCUUUUGCAAUCUGGAUUUUGCCACUUCAUGCUGAAUUGACUUUUUUGGCACAGGUCUUGUUUUUGUCCUCACAUCUGCUUUUCCCUCCACUGCUGCUUGUGUGACUCAGGGCCCCUGGGCUGAGAAAAUGAUGCACGCUGCCAUGGAACGAGGUCAGUGGGUCUUCUUCCAGAACUGUCACCUGGCUCCCAGCUGGAUGCCUUCCCUGGAGAAACUCAUUGAGAACAUCGACCCAGAAAAGGUCGGGACACAUACAUGAUGUACAUUCAAGCAAUUAUUAAACCUUUUUACAGAUUAUAUCAACCACAUUCAUCGCACCAAUCCCAAAACAGGUGCACAAGGACUUUCGUUUGUGGCUGACAAGUCUUCCCAGCAACAAGUUUCCUGUCACCAUUCUCCAAAAUGGGUCAAAAAUUACCAUCGAGCCUCCAAGAGGGAUCAAGGCCAAUCUACAGAAAACAUACCUUAGACUCACCGAUGGUUUUAUUUCAUCUUCUACAAAGGUUCUCACUCAGAGUCCAACUUUUCAUAUUUACCUUGAUAGACUUUUCAACAGAAACCCUUUUUUUCAACUGUUUUAACUCCACUGUCUCCCCCCCCUCUCUUGUUUCAGGUGAUGAACUUGAAGUCUUUGCUCCUCUCUCUGUGUCUUUUCCAUGGAAUUGCUCUGGAGCGAAGGAAGUUUGGCCCACUAGGUUUUAACAUUCCUUACGAGUUCACAGACGGAGACCUGAAUAUCUGCAUUAGCCAACUCAAAAUGUUCCUGGAUGAGUACCACGACAUCCCAUUUAAGGUAGGGAAGAGGAGACUUCUGGCUUCACUUAACUAUUUAGUAAUAAGUCCAAAGCUGUGAAAUUUAACAAGUAGUGAAUCACUUUUGUGUUGUCUUUGUUUUGUUAUCAUUCUUGACAUUUCCCUAUUGUUCAACGCAAGCAUUUAUUUUUUCGCUCACACUUGAAGGCUACUGUGACAUGUUUUUUUCAUCACUGCGGUUAAGUUAUUCUUAGAAACUCAGUCUCUUCCUGGUUGGUUUUUAUCACACCCAGAGAAUGUGUUUGUUUUAGUGGGAUAUACAGUAUAUCACAAAAGUGAGUACACCCUUUAGAUUUUUGCAAAUAUUCUGUUAUAUCCUUUCAGGGGAUAACACUAUCUUAAUGAAACUUUGAAAUAAUGCAAAGUAGUCAGUGUGCUGCUUGAAUAACAGUAUAGAUUUAUUGUCAAUUGAAAAUUACUCUGUACACAGCUGUUAACGUCUAAACAGCUGGCAACAAAAAUGAGUACACCCUGUAGUGAACAUGUCUAAAUUGUGCCCAAAGUGUCAAUAUUUUGUGUGACCACCAUUGUUAUCUAGCACUGCUUUAACCCUCCUGGGCAUGGAAUUCACCAGAGCUGCACAGGUUGCUUCUGGAAUCUUCUUCCACUCCUCCAUGACGACAUCACGGAGCUCAUGGAUGUUGGACACCUUGCACUCCUCCACCUGCCUCUUGAGGAUGCCCCACAUGUGCUCAAUUGGGUUUAGGUCUGGAGACAUACUCGGCCAGUCCAUCACUUUAACCUUCAGCUUCUUCAGCAAGGCUGUUGUCAUCUUGGAGGUGUGUUUAGGGUCAUUAUCAUGUUGGAAAACCGCCCUACGGCCCAGUUUCCGGAGAGAAGGGAUCAUGCUCUUCUGCAGGAUGUCACAGUAUAUAGUGGAAUUCAUGUGUCCCUCAAUGAACUGCAGCUCCCCAGUGCCGGCUGCACUCAUGCAGCCCCAGACCAUGAUGCUGCCACCACCAUGCUUGACUGUAGGCAAAACACAUUUGUCUUGGUACUCCUCACCAGGGUGCCGCCACACACGCUGGACACCAUCUGAUCCAAACAGGUUUAUUUUGGUCUCAUCAGACCACAGGACAUGGUUCCAGUAACUCAUGUUCUUGGAUUCAUUGUCUUUAGCAAACUGUUUGCGGGCUUUCUUAUGCAGCGGUUUCAGAAGAGGCUUCUGUCUGGGGCGACGGCCAUACAAACCAAUUUGAUGCAGUGUGCGGCGUAUGGUCUGGGCACUGACAGGCUGACAUCCCACUUCUGCAACCUCUGCAGCAAUGCUGGAAGCACUCACACAUCUAUUUUUGGAAACCAACCUCUGGAUAUGACGCUGAGCACGUGGACUCAACUUCUUAGGUCGACCCUGGCGAGGCCUGUUGCGAGUGGAACCUGUCCUGGAAAACCGCUGUAUGAUCUUAGCCACUGUGCUGCAACUCAUUUUCAGGAUGUUGGCAAUCUUCUUAUAGCCAAGGCCAUCUUUGUGAAGCGCAAUAAUCCUUUUUUUUCAGCUGCUCAGAGAGUUCCUUGCCAUGAGGUGCCAUGUUGUCCAGCGUUCAGAGAGAAUUGUGCCCAAAACACCAAAUUUAACAGCCUUGCUUAUCAUUUACACCUGAAUCCUUUUAACACUAACGAGUCACAUGACACCAGGGCGGGAAAACAACAUCAUUGGGCACAAUUAGGACAUGUUCACUGCGGGGUGUACUCACUUUUUUUGCCAGCUGUUUAGACAUUAACAGCUGUGUACUGAGUAAUUUUCAAAGGACAAUAAAUCUAUACUGUUAUUCAAGCAGCACACUGACUACUUUAAGUUAUAUCAAAGUUUCAGUAGGAUAAUGUUAUCCCCUGAAAGGAUAUAACAGAAUAUUUGCAAAAAUCUAAAGGGUGUACUCACUUUUGUGAUAUACUGUAUGUCAGUUCUCCACUUUUGUCCUCCACCUGUGCAGGUACUAAAAUAUACUGCUGGGGAGAUUAAUUAUGGCGGCCGCGUGACAGAUGACUGGGACAGACGAUGUUUGCUCAGUGUGUUGGAGGAUUUCUACUGUCCCUCUGUGCUUGUGAAUGAUCACAUCUACUCUUCAUCCGGAGUCUAUCGGCAGAUAGACACAAAUCUGGAUGUAAAGGUAGGAUGAAAGUGUAACAGUUAAAAAGGUUAUGUUGAAAAUUGUGCAUUUGUUUUUAUCUAGAUCCGUUUGUUUGAAACCCAAACUAUUCUUUACAUACUACUAACUGUACCACGAUCUGUAACUAUAUAUACUGUAGUCUCUAUGCGUUUGGAACCACAGAGUGACUCACUGUUUGGUAACAUGAUUGUGACUAAAAGGCCACGCUGCAGUGAGUCAGGUGUCUCAGUUAAAUGAAAGAACAUAAACUUCUGUACUGCUGAGCAUCAAACUAAUUCAUGGCAGUUACUAUCAGUAAGUGACCUGUUGUCAUGGCAAUCUGUACCCUAGGGUUACUUGGCAUACAUCCGUGGUUUGCCCAUCAAUGAUACACCUGAGAUCUUUGGUCUCCAUGACAACGCUAACAUCAGCUUUGCCCAGAAUGAGACAUUUGCCCUUCUAGGAGCUGUGGUUCGCCUCCAGCCUCGGACUGCAUCUGCUGGGGGGAAAACCCUGGAGGAGGUACAACGAUCAGUCAAUGAACAGAUUGCCGUGAUUCAUGUCAGUAUUUGCAACAGAAAUGGCUCAAACUUGUUAUGUAUCAUUCAUGAUCUGUCUCUUUCUGUCUGGUAGAUAGUGGAGGAGAUAGUGGCAGGCAUUGUUGAAAAGAUUCCUCCGCCUUUCAAUGUUCAGGAGGUGAUGGAAAAGUACCCAGUCCUCUAUGAAGAGUCCAUGAACACUGUGCUUACCCAGGAGGUCAUCAGGUGACACAACAGGCUGUACUUUAACAUAACAACAAAGACCUUACUGAAGGUCUCCUCUGCAUUUUUAACAUGCUACUCUGUCUGUUGUUCAUGCGUGAUCAGCCCCAAAAGGUUUAAGUUUUCAGUCAGCCGGUGUGUCCUGUGUGUGACUUUUUUUUUUUUCCUUGUUUUGCCCAUUUGAUGUAAGUGUAAUGAAAAAGCAGCUACAAAGCUGUCUUUAUCUGGUAGAGCUUUCAUAGUUGCUGGAAGCUCUCUGAAAAGUAUGACUGUACUUUAUUUCUGUAUAUUUUCUCACCCUUGAGAUAAAAACAGCAUUCAUGUGCGUAACUAGCAAUGUCAUAUGUCAUAAGUUGUAGCAUAACAAAGUCACUGCAACCAAUCGUUAUUACCAACCAGUGAACUUUAAUAACAUCAAGUACUAUUUAGUCUAGUUGUUUAUACAGCUGUAACUUGCAACAUCGGCAGAAGGUGGCAAGUAACUUUGAGAGUUUGUGUUUCCAUGAACGUAGUUGGUCAAAGAAAGUUGUUCAAGUUUUAUUCAUCUACCUUUCAUCACCUUUUACAAUUAUAUUUAAAACCUACAGGUGCUGUUGAAACUAGACAAAACAGGAUGCAGUCGUAUCAAAGCUUCCAGUCCUUCCAUUCUUCAGUGGUGCUAUGGUUUGUGUUUCAGAUAUAACGCGUUGCUGUCAGUCAUCUCUCAGAGUCUCAGUGAUAUUGUGAAGGCUCUGAAGGGUCUAGUAGUGAUGUCAUCGGAGCUUGAGCUUAUGGCUAACAGUCUGUUCAAUAACUCGGUGCCCAACGUGUGGAAAGCCAAGGUAAGACUCACACCACAGUUAUUAUUUCCCACCACUGAGUUUGAAAUGACUGGUGAAUGAUAUGUGACAAAACAUAUGACGACAAAUCAAUCAAUGAUUUAUCUUCUAAUGUAGAAACUGAAAUCCAGCUUAAUGAAAUCCUUGACUGUAUCAGUUCAACUUUUGUUGAAAUUUUAGUUCUGCUCUGAAAAGACAUCUUUUGCUUUCCAAGAAUAAAUAACCGUGUGUGUCCCUCUCACCUCAGGCGUACCCGUCUCUGAAGCCUCUGGCCUCUUGGGUGUCAGACCUGCUUCAAAGGAUCAAUUUCCUGCAGAGAUGGAUCUGUAAUGGCAGUCCACCUGUCUUUUGGAUUAGUGGCUUCUUCUUUCCCCAGGCUUUUCUCACUGGAACCCUCCAGAAUUAUGCCCGUCGUUCUGGCACCUCCAUUGACACAAUUGGAUUUGAUUUCGAGGUUAGUUUUUUACUACAUGUAACGUUUCUGCAUCAUGAAGCAAUACCAAUUGAAUUUCUGUCUGAAAUACAUGUUGCAUAAAUACACAAUGUUCCUUAUAUCAGUCAAUAAACCACCUGGUCUUGUUUUAUUAGAAAAUUUCACAGUAAUUUUUAAUAUUGACUUUUAUACCAAAUGGUAUUCAUUUCUUUUCUAAACCUCUCCCACCUCAGGUUAUGGUGAAGUCAGUGUCCGAGAUAACCGAGAAACCAAACACGGGCUGCUACAUCCAUGGUCUAUUCCUGGAAGGGGCUCGCUGGGAUGACAACGAAGGUCAGCUCACAGAGUCCAGGCCCAAGGAACUCUACACAGACAUGGCUGUCAUCUGGUUUAUCCCCAAAGCCAACCGCAAACCUCCGCAAAGUGGGGUCUACGUUUGCCCCAUCUACAAGACCCUAACACGUGCUGGUUAGUAUGUGCUGUGUGUCUAAUCUCUCGAUUAGACACACUCCACAACUCUUUGGUUGCGAAAUAGAUGAACAGAAGUUUUCUUUCUGUCAUUAACCCUGUUUCUCUGCGUGACUUGGUAUCAGUCUGCUCACUCUUGUGUUUGUGUGUAUCUCCUGUUGGUGGUUUUAUUACUCACCCAAAAUAGACUCCAGUUAGUGUCCUGUUUCACGAAGCGGCUAAAUGUGCUGCUCUGUAUUUUCCACCCACAGCAUGAAGCCAACACCUUGUGCUGGCGCGUAAGCCUGCUCAGAAGUAUUCAACUCAGUGCCGUGAUGGAAAAAUACUGACUAUCUGAAGUUUUACCCUAAAGUGACCUGCUUUCUUUGCAUUUACAGGGACUUUGUCUACAACUGGUCACUCAACCAAUUAUGUGAUUGCAGUGGAGCUGCAAACAGACCAGAGCCAGGGACACUGGAUAAAACGUGGAGUCGCUCUCAUCUGUGCAUUGGAUUACUAA